AUGGACGAAGAUGACUCGUGUCGCAUCUGCCGUAGCGGGCCCGAGCCAGAUGCGCCGCUCUACCAUCCGUGCAAGUGCACCGGCUCCAUCCGCUACUGCCACCAGGACUGCCUCGUAGAAUGGCUCCAGCACUCGAGGAAAAAGUACUGCGAGCUCUGCAACCACGCCUUCAUCUUUCACAAAAAGUACCGCAAGGACAUGCCCUCCGAUGGCCGCCUCCCUCGCUACCUCUAUUUCCGCCGCCUCGUCUUUCGGUCGUACCACCUGGCUCAGCUCGCUGCCAGGGCGCUCCUCGUCGGAUUCACAUGGCUCGCACUCCUGCCCUACAUCAACAUCAACGUAUGGCGCUUCCUCUUCUGGUCCGCCGACGUCGCAACAUGGAUGGGCGUCCCAGGCGCCACGCCGCCCUUCAGCCUCGAAUCGCCUCCACCCUCCAACCAGACGGCCAGCAACCUCACACAUUCGCAAAACUCGUCGGCGGCCAGCCAGACCCCUCUCGUUCGCCUCUCUGCCUCCCUCGGUCGCGCUCGCAACCCCUCGGCCAUCCACGCCUACAACUCGAGCCGCCAGCCCAUCACCGUGGAUCAGAUCAACGCCGCCCUGCGCUCCCUGCUCAACAAACUCGCAAACGACUGCUUCCAGGGCCAGAUCAUCAGCUGCAUCAUCGUCGUCUUCUUCGUCGGUGUCUUUCUCCUCCGCGAAUGGAUCCUCCAGAACAUCCCGCAGCACUUUGAACACCAACCCGUCCACGAGGCUGCCGCACAACCUCAGCCCCUGGAUCCACCCGCAGCGCCGCUAGCUCCGCAGGAUCUGCAGCAGCAGCCCGCGGAACCCCGCGAUGACGUUGAGGAACCGCGUUUGCCGACCCUUGGCGACGUGGAUGGUGAAGAAGGAUCCGACACCACACCACGCCCGCACGAGCUGGACCUCGAUCCCGACGCCCAGAGGGAGCAGGCACGCCAGGCACGCAUUCGCCGCCUCGAAUUCCAGUCUAACAACAGUGACUUGCAUCAGCUCGCCGAUCCAACGCCCUCCGUCGAAGCGUCUGCCUCGCACCCGCAACCAGACGAGAACCAUUACGGAUCGUUUGACGAGUCCGCCGCCAUCCCGUCGUCCAUCCCGCAAUGGAACGAACAUCCUCACGUCUCGGAAGAAAUGGCGAGGGACCCAUCAAUAUCGUCACACGGACAACCGAGCGAUGCUGCACUCGCUGAACGCUCCACGUCAUCUGGCAAAGCUGUCGAGUCCGUUUCUGCACCAGACACGGAUCAGCCAGAUCACGCGCAAUCACAUUCGCCAGCCUCUUCAGCGCUCGAUGCAUCACAAGACCCUUUGCAACACCAAGCCACAUACAACGACGAUGCUGCUACAUCAGAGCAAGUGGCUCCACUCGCAGCCACAUCGGAGCCAACCUCCGUUACAACGGACCCAGCCGCGGGCCAGCCUGCCGAUCCCACGAUCAACCGCGACGAAGGCGGCCAUGAAGAGUUCUGGCAGAGAGAUGCAGCGGCUUGGGAAGCAUUCGACCGGGCCGCCUUUCGACUCACCGCAUACGAAUCCGUCGAAGAAGUAGACGAUGAAUGGGAGGACGAGUCGGAGGUCGAGUCGGAACACGAGUCGGAGGCAGCCGUUCCAGCAGCACCGGACGACGCCGCCUUGCGAGCCGCCGCAGUGGCAGCCUUCCCGCCGCCCAUCGCGCAUCCGCCGCUGGACGACGAGAUCGAGGUCGGCGUGGCUGCCGACGCCGACGACCCCGAAGCCGAGAUCGGCCUGGCAGAGGAGAUGGACGGCAUCCUCGAGGCCAUCGGCAUGCGCGGCCCGCUCUUCGGCAUCGUGCAGAACCUGUUCCUCAUGAUCUUCCUCUGCGCCUUCGUCAUGCUCGCUUUCGUCAUCCUCCCCUACAUCGUCGGAAGGGCGCUCGGCUCCGGUCCCGGGCUCGUCCGCCUUCUCGCCGCCCCCGUCAAGCUGCUGCGCUACGUCACCGACCCGCUCUUCGACUCGCUCAUCGCCAUUGGCGCAAACAACAUCUGGCCCAAGCUCGCAGGCGCUGUCGGUAUGGCGCCGUCGCAGUCGAACGUCACUGUGGUUGUGCUCGAUGCGGCUGCCAAGCCUGCGUCGCAGUCUGCAGCGAGCUGGAUCAGCCGAUUCGCUCCCAGCGCGCUCGGGUUUGCAGCCACGCCGCAAAACGUCAGCGUCACAGCCGCGGCCAAGGAGAGCGCAGCUGCAGCGAUGCUCGUGCGCCUUUUGCCCCACAGCGUGACCAGCUCGACGCAGUGGGCAGCCGUCAGUGCGUGUUUCGACGUGGCGCUGGCCGCCGGUGUGCGUGGCACGCUGGACAAGCUGUCCGAGCUGGUCUCUGCGUUCUUCGUUGGGCUGGAUGCGCAUCGUGCCGGCACGUCGGGCACCGACCGUGCCUUUUGCGUCGCUUUCGGUCACGGCUACUGGAUGCUGGCGCUCUUUGUCCACCAGCACUUCUCCAAGCCCGACCUGCACCGUGCGGCGGCCGAACAGUCGGCGCUCAAGAUGUUCAUGGACCAGCACGUGCUCAUCAUCAAGGCGAUCGUAUUCAUCUUUAUCGAGCUCGCCGUGUUCCCGCUCGGAUGCGGGCUCCUGCUCGACAUCUGCACGAUGCCGCUGCUCGACGAUGCCUCGAUCGCGGCCUGGCCGCGUAAGCUUCGCGCAGCUCCGCUGACGUUCGCAUUCACACGCUGGAUGGGCGGCACGAUCUACAUGUUCAUCUUUGCCCAGUACGUGUCUGCGACGCGGCGCGUGUUGCGGCCCGGCGUGCUGUGCUGGAUCCGCGACCCGAACGACCCGAGCUUCCAUCCGAUCCGCGAGAUCCUCGACAAGCGCAGCCUCACGCAGCUGCGCAAGAUCGGCGCAUCCGCGCUCAUGUACGCCGCCAUCUUGGUCGCCAGCGUCGGCGUCAACACCUAUUUCCUCCGCUACGCCGUGGGGUGGACGGGGCUGUUGCCGCUGAGGUGGAUGCCGUUCGAGGCGUUGACCGAGGUGCCUGUCGACCUGCUCCUGGUGCAUUUUGCGCUGCCGUGGGCAACGCACAAGAUCGACCCGGACGCCGUGUCGCAGCGCUGGAUGACGGCAUGGUGGAGGAGGGCGGCAAGCAUGCUGCGGCUCAGCAGCUACCUCAUGGGCGGCGAGUUCAAAUACGAGCAGCGCACGACGAGCGGGAAUGCCGUGGUGGCUGCUGCGCAUCGUUGGCUGCGCCCCGGACUGGCUGUACCGAUAGAUGCCGAAUGGAAGGCAGAUGGAGGACUUUGCCGCGUUCCAGCGGACGACAAGGCGAUCACGACAGGUCCGCUGAUCAUCCCGCUCGACGCGGACGGGAAUGCGCCCAACGAACGGCUGGCAGAGGCGAUCGCCAAGCAGGAUGCCGACGCCGAGAAGCACACGCCGAGGCCGACGUACGCGCACAUCUACCUGCCGUCGCACUACCGCGCGCGCAUCACGGCGGUGCUGGUGCUGCUGUGGCUGAGCCACUGUGCGGCAUUCAUGCUCGGGCUCGGUGUGCCGCUCGUGCUUGGUCGCGCUCUGUUCGCGCUAAGGCGGCGCGAGGUGCACGAUGUGUACGCCUACGUGCUUGGCCUCAGCCUGCUCUGGACAGCGUGGAGCCUGGUCGGCGGUGCGAGCAAGAUGUGGACCCGACGCAAGCGACGCGCACGAAUGCACCGCACCAGUCCAGGCAUGUACCUGGCGGUGCACAUGCUUGUCAAGGCGAAGCGCGUGCUCAAAGCGGCUGCGCUGUUGGUGGGCGUUGCGGGUGUUAUGCCGCUGGUGAUGGGCAUGGUGAUUGACCAGUACCUGGUGGCUCCGCUGCGCGAUCGCGGCCAGGCGGCAGUGCGGCUCGGUCAGGUGUGGGCGUGCGGCGUGAUCGAGGCGCGUCUGGCGCUGUUUGCGAUGCGCCUGCUCGGCGUGCCCGAGCAUGGCAUGGUGGCAUGGUUCAUGGCGAAGGUCGACCAUGUGUUGCGAGGAGGUCUGUAUCCGCGUGCGCGCGUGCGCGUCGCAUGGACGUACAUCGUCGCACCCAUCACCUCGGCAGGCGUCCUGUUGCUGGCCACACCAAUGUGGGGCGCACGCGCACUGAUCGAGGCGGGAUGGGUGCAUGCGCCGACCGUCGCCGACGAGUACGCGCUUCAACGCCGGCUGUUCGGCGUGAUCCAGACCGCUGCCCUGCUGGCCGUGUUGGUGUCGUUGGUGAGGAGACGCAUGGACGACUGGACCGACGUGCUCAAGGACGAGGUGUUCCUCGAAAGCACCGUGCUCAAAAACUACACCGACACCCCUCCUUCGGCAGACUCAGCUACGGCUGGCGACCAGCAAGGUGGCCAAGACGAUUACGCGGCAGAAGGUACUCUCCCCGACGUACUCUUCCGCUAG